AUGGAACGUCUAGAGACUUGUAGUUUAAUUUCUACUAGUAAUAAUUCAUUACCUGACUAUGGAUCAUCUAAAAGAUCAUUUAUUACAACUAAAAUUUUAAAUGCUCCUUUAACAUGGCAAAAUGUUUCUGUUUUUUUUGAAAAAAAUCAUAAGUGUAUAUUAAAUGAUGUUUAUGGGUAUGCUAAACCAGGAGAAUUAAUUGCUUUAAUGGGAUCAAGUGGUGCUGGAAAAACUACUCUUCUUAAUUCUUUAAUGAACAGAAAUUUAAAAGGUUUAGUAGUAAGAGGUGAUAUUUUAUUAAAUGGAUCAUAUAUAGGUGAUAAUAUAUCACAAAUGUGUGGAUAUAUACAACAAGAGGAAUUAUUUUUAUCUUCAUUAACAGUUAAAGAACAUCUUACAAUACAGGCUAAAUUAAGAUUACCAUAUUUUGAUAGUGUUAAACAACAAUCAAGAGUAAAUGGUGUAAUGAGAGAAUUAGGAUUAAUAAAAUGUCAAAAUACAUUAAUUGGAACAGCAGAUGGUAAAAAAGGAAUUUCUGGUGGUGAAGCAAAAAGAUUAGCUUUUGCAAGUGAAUUAUUAAAUAAUCCAAGUAUCUUAUUUUGUGAUGAACCAACAACAGGUCUUGAUUCAUUUAUGGCAGAGAGUGUAAUACAAACACUUAAAAAAUUAACUGAAAAUGGAAGAACUGUUAUAUGCACAAUUCAUCAACCAUCAUCACAAAUAUAUUUUCAAUUUGAUAAAGUUUAUUUUUUGGCAAAUGGUCGUACAGCAUAUUAUGGAGAUCCAAAAGAUGCUGUAAAACAUUUUAAAAAAUUAGGAUAUGCAUGUCCUGAAAAUUAUAAUCCUGCUGAUAUGAUUAUAGAAAAAUUAUCAAUGACUUUUGGACCAAAUAAUGUUAAAAGAUUUGAAGAAUUAGAUAAAAUUUGUGAUGCUUUUAUUGAAUCAGAAGAAUAUAAAGAUAUAAUAAAAACAAUUGAACAAGUUGAAAAUAAAGAUUUUGUUGUACCAAAAAAGAAAGUUGCAAAUACUUUUGUUCAAAUAGGAGCAAUAUUUGAAAGAUCUAUUAUUGAUACAUGGAGAAAUCCUCAUUUAGCUAAAGCUAAAUUAGUUCAAAAAACUAUUAUGGGUAUUUUUAUAGGUUUUUUAUACUUUCAAAUUGUAAUGGAUGGUGUUGGAAUUAAUAAUAUUAACGGUGGUUUAUAUUAUAUAGUUGCUGAAUUGACUUAUGCUACACUUUUUAGUAUAAUUACAUGUUUACCCUCAGAAUUUAAUCUUCUUGUUCGUGAAUAUCAUGAUGGAAUGUAUUCAGUAUUUAGUUACUAUGUUGCAAGAUGUCUUUCAUAUCUUCCAUUAUUUACAAUUGAUGGUUUUAUUAUGGUUACAUUAUCAUAUUGGUUAAUGGGACUAGCACCAACACUUUCAAAUUUUUUAUGGGCUAUUAUUAUUCAAAUUUUAAUUGAACAAUGUUCAGCAGGAUUUGGUGUUUUUUUAAGUACCUGUUCACCAUCAUAUGCUUUUGCUAUAUCAUUAGCAGGUCCUUUAGUAACAGUUUUAACAAUUACUGGAGGUCUUUUUGCUAAUGUUUCUACUAUUCCAAAAUAUGCAAGUUGGUUAACAUAUAUUUCCUGGUUUAAGCACGGUUUUGAAGCUUUCUCUAUUAAUCAAUGGACUGGAGAAAGUAAUCUUAAUAAUGGUUGCAUAACAGAUAAAUGUCUUACCCCAAAUCAAAUUCUUCAUAAUUACUCUUUUGAUGAAAAUAAUUUUGCUACUGAUAUAAUAUCAUUAAUUAUUAUAAUACUUUCUCAAUUUACUUUACACUUAUUUUAUUGUUUUAUAAAUUAUUUUCGUGGAAGAAAAUGGAAUCCAUUAAGAAAAAGACAGGAUACUGUUGUUUUGGAGACAAAUCAAGUUUACUUAAUUUCUAUUUUGACUGUAUUCCUUGUUUUUAUAAGUCCAACUGUCUUAAUGUAUUACUUUUUUUUUGGACUGAGUUGGAAAAUUAUCAGCUUAGGUUUAACAUUUCUUUAUUAUAUUUCUCGAUGGCCAAAUUAUGUUUUCAAGAAAGAUAAUUUAUAA